AUGAUAAGGAAGCACACUGAGCAGUUUGGAUAUAUUAAAAGUGGAUUGAACAUUAAUUCCCUGCAGAAUUCCGACUGUAUCCUAAAACACUUUUCAGCCAAUGUUGCUGAAAUCAGCAACAUUGUUGCUGUUGUCUAUCCUGAUAUCAAAACACUCGAGAAAGCAGACUCCAUUGAAAUGAUAUUAGGCCUAAGUCGUCAUGAUUCAGGACAGGAAAGUGAUGAUUCUUCAAAAUGUCUCAGAAUAACUCAGCACUAUGUGUCUUUCUUCUUGCAGAUCGUGGGAGGAAGAGAGCUACCUGGGCUUUUGGUAAAUGAAAUAGGAGGAAUACAUGGGGUACUGCAUAGCCAUGUGGAGUUCCUGAAGAAACAUUUCUACCUCAUCACCAUGAAGGAAUUUAUUGAAGACAGAAAGCAUUUGAGUAAAAAGGUCCAAGCAAUCUAUCUGUGGUGGCACAAACCAGUCAUUGAUCAAGAGCUCCUCCAGAGCCUGCCAAACUUAAAAGUGAUUGCAAAUUCAGGAGUAGGGAUGGAUCACCUGGAUCUGAAACUUGUAGCUACCUUUGGUGUGAAAAUGGCUAAUGCUCCACGUGCUGUUUCCAGCAGCACAGCAGAUACUGGGAUGGCUUUACUGCUGGCAUCUGCUAGAAGACUAGUAGAAGGCUGUCAUGUUGCAGUUUCUCCAGCUAUGGAGUACUGUGAGGCCGAUUUUCUGGGAGUUAAAGUUACCAGAGCUACUCUGGGGAUCAUUGGAAUGGGCAGCAUUGGGUAUAAGAUUGCUCUGAGAGCCAGAGCAUUUGAAAUGAAUAUUUUGUACCACAACAGGACACGGAAGAAAACGCACGAGGAACAACUUGUCGGUGCUGUCUAUUGUGAAAAGAUAGACAGCUUGCUCCAGCAGUCAGACUUUGUGAUGGUGGUGGUGAGCCUGACACCUCAGACACACAAGCUGAUUGGGAAAAGGGAGAUGGAGCUGAUGAAACCCACGGCUACUCUCAUUAACAUCAGCCGAGGGGCAGUAGUUGACCAAGAAGCACUGGUGAGAGCUCUCCAGGACGGUGUUAUCAGGGCUGCAGCUUUGGAUGUCACCUACCCGGAGCCACUGCCCAGAGAUCAUCCAUUAUUAAAAUUAAAGAAUAUCAUUAUAACACCCCACCUUGGCAUUAAAACAGAGAAGGCCACCCGCAUGAUAACAGAGGAAGCAGUUGAAAACAUCCUAGCAGCUCUUAAUGGCCUCCCUAUACCCAAUGAAGUGCUCCCAAGCUGAUGUGCAAAAGGAUAUUACAGCUCUAAAUGCUUCUGUUCUUCUGUUUUCCCCACUGAAACUGCCUAUUCCAAGCAGGCAAGAAAAGCUGUGACUGAGUCUCAGAUGCUAUUAAAAAAUAAUAAUUUUAAAUUCCUUAUGAAGUGGAGGAAUAUACUACAGUUCAUUUUCAAACUCUAUCAUAAACAGAUGCAAGCUUUAAGUGGCUCUGUGAAAAAAGCUGGUGAUUGCCAAUGCACUUACAGUUCAUGCUAGGCUCCCUAGAAAAUAUGAAGUGGGGCGGUUAGAUGUUUCCCAGUAUGUUAAUUUGUCUGUUUCAAGGUUAGGACAACAGGACUACUACUAGUUGAAAUCUACCUGACCUUUCUAUUAUAUAAAAAUGUAUUCAAACAUUAGCUUGUCUGAAUGAUAAAUCUUCAAAAUUAGCACUACAGGGGACCUGUCAUUUUGCUACCCUGCCAUUAGGUAAGAGAAAUGUCUCCACAUUCUGUACUAGUCUUAGAGAGCUUCAGAAAAAGCACUGCAACCUAAAGAAAAUAAUUAAUGGGAAAAUGAAAAUAAUAAUUCUUAAAAUGUUCUCUGCAAAUUUUG